GCUGCAUCCACACCAGCGGAGCCGAAAUCAGAAGAGCCCAAACCAGCGGAGUCGAGGCCAGAAGAGCCCGAACCAGCGGAGUCGGAAUCAGAAGAGCCCAAACCAGCGGAGCCCAAUGCCGCGACAUCCUCAGCAAGGGAGGGAACUGCAGACCAGCCGGCAUCUGCCACAUCUUCCGAUGGACAUGAAGCCGUGACAUCUGUUACAUCUUCAAGCGCCGCCAUUACUGAUGUCGGUGCUUCCUCAUCUGAUGAUGCACAAACGGUGGGGACGGAAGGUGGAGAUAUGAUGCAGGCAGAUCAACCAACCCAAUUCUCUGUGGGCACCCCCGACGCAGCAAAUGCAGCAACACAUAACGCUGAAGGCAAGGGACAAGAAGGGCUCCAUCCACAGGUUAAGGAAGCAGAGGCGGCGACACUCAGCAGCAGCCUUUUAAAUUCGUCGCAGUGGGAUAACAGCGUUGCUGGCACUAUGCGUGAGAGCGGACUGCUGCCGCUGCUGCUUCUGCUGGGGCUGUGGGGGUUUGCGGCUGCGUGA